AUUUUAGAGUGAAGUCUGCACCUGCUCUAGGGUCACAAGUCUCCUGAUGACGGAAUGGCAUUACAAAUAAUUUUUGAGGACUGUAUAAAAGACACCAUGCACAUCUCACUCCAUCUUUUCCAAAGACCACAGAUCUAGAAUGGAGUGGAAAGGAAGGAUCCUGGUUCAGUUCUUAAUGCUAGUGUGUGUGUUGGAGGUUAGUCUUUGUCAGCACUGGUCAUACGGUUGGCUUCCUGGAGGAAAGAGAAGUGUUGGUGAAGUGGAGGCAACAAUCAGGAUGAUGGAUGCUGGUAACACAGUUCUGACUAUUCCUGCAAACUCUCCUAUGGAUCAGCUUUCACCAAUACACAUAGUGAAUGAGGUGGAGACUGAAGGUUUGCCUCUGAGAGGACAGAGAUUUCCCAACAGACGAGGAAGAGUAUGA